CUUCCUUCCUUCUCAACAAGCAACAUCUAGCAGAGUUCUAACCCAAACUCAACUCCUCUUUUCCUUGCUUCUCAUCUUCACGUCAUUUUAGAUCCUUUGGAUUUGAGUUCAAUAUCCAAGUUUAGUCCCUAUAUUUCUCUUCUUCAGCGCGAUUGGGGUGGUGGAUGGCAAAAAACAACAAGUACACCUCCAUUAACUUCAACCACAUCUACGAGAAAAACAGCAGCUCCAUUUCUAAUACCAACCUCGCCAAGAACCCAGCUCCGUCGCUUUCCCCUUCAUAUUCUGCUGCUUCUUAUUCUGCAAUUUCAGCCCCCAACAAAACUCAUGGCCGUAUGUUGGUUCUGACCCGACCCCCGCCCAAACCCCUUCCAUCGCAGCUCCAACAUCCACCUCAGCAACAAUCCGAGCGGACUCAACAAGUCCCGGAUCAACCUCCCUCUAAUCCCGGUUCAGACGCCAUCUCGCUUCGUCCAUUGGGCCGUACGGGAACCGGUUCGUCCCUCUCGCCCCCUGUUUCGAAUCACGACAAAGAUAAGGAGUUGCCCCCCGCUACGCCGAUGAUAUCUCCAAAAUCCGACAAGUUUGUGCCACCGCACCUUCGUCCCGGAUUUAUUCCCAGGGAGAAUAAUCCUGGACCGGAAUUGAGUCGGCCACAAAGGCAGCAGGGUCAUGCCGGAUAUCCGGGUCGAUAUGCUGAAAACGGCCGACCCAAGUCGGGUGGGUAUGAGAGAAUGAGGAGAGGCGGCUUGUCGGAUUCGGGGAUGAUGAAUCGUCCGAGAUCCAGUGGAAGUCGACCAAGUUCCAGUGGAUGAAUGCACAAGAGAUUGAAUUCUUUCCCGAGGGCAAGCUGAACUCAUUUAGCAGCACAGAUGAGUUCUCUUUGGCAAUUCAACGCACGCAUCCUUUGUCCCUCUGGAAUUGAUACCAAUUUUCACAGAGAUGACAUUUCGAUUCAUUGAAGAUGGAUCGUGGAACCUGAUCAAGUGGCAACCUUUCAACCCCUGUUGUUGGAGGGUUCAAGAAGUUCUUUUGUUUGUCGGUGUGUGGCCCUCUCUCAUCAUGUGCCAAUAAUCGAGUGUUGAAUCAAAAUAAUAUACAUACAUUCGUAGCUAAACUGGUUUUGACUUGUUUGAGAGGCAGUUAUGCAUUUUAUAUGUAGCACUCUGACAGGUAGUAUGACAAUAUUAGAUGUAUUAACCUUCUUUUGUUUUAAUGACUGCUCAGAUAUUGAUUAUAUUUUUACUGAAAAGUGGGUUACUAAAUUACCCAAAGAAACGAUGUGGAGUUAAUGACUAGGAUAAAGUUCGCUAUUUUA